UGCAUCUUAAUUUAAGGUGAAACAAAUAUCCAACGAUGAGCCAGACGAGAACUGCCACCUCCUUUCUCACCCCUCCGGUGAAGAUCCUGUGGAGGCUCCUGCUGGGAGAGACAUGGUGAACGUGGCUCUGCUGUUUGUUGCUGCUAUACUGUACGUCUCUGCAGAGGUUGGCGCUGUAGAAAUACUAGCCGUCUUUGUGCUAAAAGCACCUCUCAGCUGGAACGCCACCCAGGUGGGUUAUGGGAACGCAGUAGGCUGCGCGAUUUUCCUCACAAGUUUCCUCGGUGUCAUGGUGUUUCGCCGCUGCGUCAGUGACGUGACACUUAUCCUAAUAGGCUUGGUGUCAUUCGCCACGGGAAUUUUCUUCAUGUCCUUUGUCACGACAACCUUGACAUUUUACCUCGGUAAGCUUUUUG